GAAAAAAAGGAGGAGAACUCAACAGUAGAACUUGGUAGAGAUUCUCCUCCUCCCAAGUUGGCUCUAGGGUUUCUUCGGAUGAAAUCCAACUUGAUGCAGUGUUGUUGUACUGCAAUUCUCUCUAUCAUUCGAUUGGUAUUAUCAGAUAAAAAGUUAAGUUAAAAUUUGGUUCUUAUCCUAAUUCCUCUAUGGCAGAGACUUCCCGUUCUCGAGUCACCAUAACCCUAGGUCGCGCUGGUCAGGUGGUUAAAAGGGCAGGUCCUGGUGUUGAUGAUACUAGUUCAUUUGCUGAUUCACAACAUCCCGUUGGGGCUAAAAGAUCAGUUAGGGAUAGGCUGGGAAGCAAUGUGGAUUCAUCAUCCAAUUUUAACAAUAAACGCCAGCGAGGAGAUGUUAGUAGAUUGAGUCGAAGUGCCUCUAACGAUGUGGAUGAAGAUGUUACUCUGAACAAAGAUGACUUGCGGUUCAAAAUUAUGCGCAAAAAUAGUCUUAACAAGGGUCAAAGUUCCAGCCAGCUGAAUGGAAUGGACCUUCGUGACUUGCUGUCAAGGCCUGCUCAGUCUUCAACAAGUAGCCUAGGUACGCAGCAACGGAUGCCUCAGCUGAAGGAUCCAAGAAAGCAUUUUCCAGAUCCGAGGGACGGUAGACACCAGAUGCAAGAGCCGAGGAAUGCUAGAUAUCUUAUGCCUGAACCAAGGGAUGGUAGACGACAUGUUUCAGAACCCAGGGAUGCUAGGCAGCCCCUUUCUGAAUCCAGGGAUGUUAGAUAUGUCAUGCCAGGGCCAAAAGAUGAUAGAAACCUUAGGCUGGGAUCAAAUAGUUCAAGCUUUCCUGGUCAAAUUCGAUCCUCACGAACUACUGAUUCUUUGCCGCAUUUAGACUCGUUAAGAAAUUCUUAUUCUCCUUGGACUUUGGAUAGUUUGAGGCAAGGAGGUAGGGUUGCGGGUACUUCUAGAGGUCUCACUCCGUCAAGGAGGAAUGAAGAGCUAGAGCAACGGCCUCUAGUAAGGGCUUACAAUGAAUCUAGGGGGAGUUCAUAUAUGAGCAAGGAUGCUUUGGAACAUUCAUGCCCCAUCAGUUCUGCUCCUUACCUGGGAAAAACAGCACAAACGGCUGCUCCUGCAAAGUCCAUGGCGCCGCCACUUGCUUCGCUUCCUCCGUCAGUUGCUCUUUCACAGAGAAGUUCAUACACAGUUGAGGAUCAACCUACAGUUGAUAGCUUUUUGCAUUCCCUGGGGCUAGAUAAAUAUGCCAUCAACUUUAAGGCUGAGGAGGUGGAUAUGUAUGCAUUGAAGCAGAUGCGUGACAAUGACCUCAAAGAGUUGGGAGUACCCAUGGGACCCAGGAAAAAGAUCAUACAAGCCCUGCUGGCUCGAGCUAAGAGACAGAUAUGAAUCACACUUGGGAGGUAGAUAACACAAUGUGGUUGAGAAGUUUCUAAGAAAAGGUUAAGAGCAAUUUUGGACCCUACAACACAUGGAGAUUUGUUCUGAAAGGGUUCUGGAAGGCUAUGCAUGACCUACGCACACCCAUAUAGCCUUUGAGAUGUAAUGGUGGUGGUUGAUAGUUGCUGAUAACAUGUAUAAUUUUUGGCGGUGUUAGUUUCUAACGGCUAAUGUUAUAAGGAAGAUGUCCUGGUUUUACUUACUUUGACCUCUAAAUGAGAUUUUUUCUUUCCUUUCCUUUC